AUGGCCAUGGACACAGAUAUUAAGACCCUCUUUGGGCCAGUGCCCUUGGGCAUCGAUUUGAGUGCAAGUCAUGUGGCUAUGGAUAACGGGGUUGUCAUCGCAAUGUUUGCUACUGCGACCUUUGCGGUUAUUCUGCGAUUUCUCGCUCGCGCUGUCCUUCGAACGGGUCUGAUGGCGGAUGACUGGGUCAUUAUCGUGGCUUUGGAGGCAAAGCUGCGUCUGGUAGACAUGUCUGGGCCUUGA